AUGUAUUAUGAAAAAGCAUUCAAUUUUCGUCAAAAACAAUUACCCCACGUUCAUCUCGAUAUAGCAGCAAGUCUAAAUAAUCUAGGACUCAUCGAAUGGAAAAUGAAUCAUGCCUAUGAAGCACUAGAUAAUUAUCGACAAUCAUUGGAUAUUCGAAAACAACUACUUCCAUCCGAUCAUAAUGAUAUUAUCCAAAGCUAA